AUGUUUGAGCAUCAUAUCUUGGAUGCUUAUUGGUGCUGGAACCCCGAGCAGCACAACGAGUUAGGUAAAACAGCCGGCAUCGUUCACUACGCUGAAGAUAACCGGUCGAAGAUUCAGAGAAACUCGCAAAAGUCACGUACGCCACAUUGUGUCUACGUGACUUUUGCCAGAACCGACGCUCAGGCGACAGCCGCGUACGUGAUUUUUGCGAGAUUCCGUAACGUUACCAUCAUGAGACACGCCCCCAUGGCUGAGCUGUGCAGCCAGUACAUAAGCGAGUCUGGACCAGUCACAAAUGUGUUUGCUGAUUGA